UUUGCAGAGAGAGUUUGUCUGUGCAUUUGUUUUCUACCGUAAAGACGUUUCACUUUCCUCUCUGAGUCUUUGUGUCAGGAUGAUGUCCGCUGGAGUUUCUAUUUUCCUGCUGUUUCUUCUUGUCAUUAACUCAGAAUCGAAGACACAAGGCAAUUAUCAGGAUAAUGACCGUAAACCUACAGACAAGCAAAUUCAGCAGAUCCAGAGUAUGCUACUGAAACCACAGUUACCAACCCAACGCCCCACACCUUUAGCAACCAGUCCUGCCCCUACAGCAUCUAAGGUAGCAAUGCCAGAUGAGUUCCUGGGUCCACCUGAGUGUCUGGAUAAGAAGUUAACUCGGGCAUCUUGUAACCUGGUGUUCUGUCGUCCAUGGGAGCGUUGCAUUGAUGGACAUUGCUCCUGUAAACCGCCCUACUUGUGUCCGGUUGAUGAUAGGGAGCCAGUUUGUGGGAAAGACAACAGAAGCUACCGAUCGUACUGUCAGGCUAUGGCGCUCACGUGUCGGACCAAGAAACCUGCCAUGUCCCACUUUGGGAAACAUUGCGGAGCGAGCUAUCAAAAGUUUGAAAGUUCGAUUCACCCAGAAACAGGAGUGAUAGAAGUUUCCAUUCCUAACACAAAAGAAGAAGGAAGUGAUGGAGAGAAGUCACUGGUUUGUAAGAAGAUUUGGAACAUGGCUGCUGCUAACGUAGCCUGCAGGGAGCAUGGCUUUCCACUCGGGGCAGUGACUGCUGGUGAUGUGUCAUACGAGUCCUUGAUAACUCCCGGGGAGGAAAAGCAGUUCCCAGAGAAAUGUGCUAGCAUCCGCUGCCAAGGUUAUGAGAGCUCCUUAGCCGAGUGUUUAAUCUACAACACGGUGAAUAUUGGCAAAAGGAAUGUUUCCACGACAACCUGUUAUGGGGCUUCACAGGCAGCGAAUGAGGCGGAGUGUGACUUCAGAUGUGCAAACACAAAGUGUGUGUCUCUGAACCAGACAUGUGAUGGCGUGGACGACUGUGGCGACCGCAGUGACGAGAUGUGCUGCAAAAAAUGCAGGAACAGAAGCUUCCGCUGUAAGACGGGCGUGUGUGUGCAUAGAGAGGCCCUCCGUGACGGACAGAUUGACUGCCUGGAUGGCGAGGAUGAAUCGCUCAAGCACACUAUUGAAAGCAGUCCGAAGGUUGAUAAACGACUCAACAACACAGAGUAUCAUUCUCCAAAGGAAGAAAUAAAGGUCAGCAGGAAGCAUAUGGAGACCAGGUUGUAUUGUGGGAUCCCCAAUGCGACCACGGUGGACGAUCUGGAAGCAGAGGAGCGAGGACGGAGCAGCCGAGUCAAGAGAGUGGUGGGUGGAGUCCCAGCAAACCCGACUCAGAUCCAGUGGCAGGUUGCUCUGGAGGAAAGAGGGAAGAUUGAUUGUGGGGGCGCUUAUAUUGGAGGAUGCUGGGUAAUCACCGCUGCUCACUGCGUCAGGCCCAACCCGUCUGCAUUCAAAGUGAAGUUUUCUCUCUGGAAGAAGUCUCGCGCUCAGGACACGACUGACAUCGUUCCCGUCGAGGAGAUUCACAUCCACCCAAUGUACAACGCCAGCACGUACCAGAAUGACAUCGCUCUGGUGCAGCUGCAGAAGCUUCCCUUCAGAGAGGAGUGUCUGGUGGAUAACCCGGCCAUCAGCGCCGUCUGUGUUCCUUGGACAACACACCUGUUCCAGCCCAACCACACCUGCAGCAUCUCCGGGUGGGGACGGACCGCAGACGGCCGAGCAGCUCAGUUUUUGUUGUGGGCCAACGUGUCCCUCAUCGAUGACUGUCAGGGAUUUUACAAAGAUCGCUUCAAACCAGGCAUGAUGUGUGCAGGUGAUCUGGACGGCAGUGUGGACUCGUGUCAGGGGGACAGUGGGGGUCCUCUGGUCUGUAAGGAUGAACUCGGGGUGUCUUACCUCUGGGGCAUCGUGAGCUGGGGGGAAAGGUGUGGGCAGCCCGGUUUCCCCGGUGUUUAUACACAGGUGGCUCAUUACUUUGAAUGGAUCAGACUUCACACCGGCUGGCCUGCAGUCACCAGGCUGAUGCAUCUCAUCAACCACGAGCGCAGUCACACCGGAGAGAAACCAGACAAAUGUGAACAAUGUGAGAAAGCUUAUAGUGACCCAGCAGGUCUGAGAAAACACCAGUUAUCGCAUGUGGAGAAACCACCUCGCUGCUCCCUGUGCAGGCAGGACUUUGAAGACCUCACUGAGCUGACCAGUCACAAGUGUGACAAGACUGCAGAGAGACCGUACCGCUGCUCACAUUGUGGGAAGUGCUUUCCUCAAGCAGUGAGCCUGAGGAACCAUCAGCUGAACCACACUGGGGAGAAACCUUACGAGUGCAAAGAGUGCGGGAAACUAGUCAACAAUAAAAGCAACCUCAACAAACACAUCCGCCUUCACACAGGCCUGAAGCCCUUUGAGUGUAACGUCUCUGACGGCGGCGCUCUCCGUGCUGCAGACGGAGGACGCCGCUGGUGGGUGACGGGCGAGAAGGAGCCUCACUGUUUGCUCUCAGAGAGCACACCGGGUCAAGCACCAGUAACCUCCUGGAUCAAGGCUUUAAAUGGUCAGACGGCCGAUCAGACAUCAUUUAGGAAGCAGCCGUCACUCCGCUUCAAACAUCGUUCAGAGAGCAGCCGUCACUCACAGGAUACCAAGAUGGAGCGCCUCGUCUGUCUCGCUUUGAUUUGUGUGGCAUCGACUCUGGCAGAAAUCAUUGUGGACCCCAGAGGAGCUCGUCUAGUGGAGCCCGGCACCAGAGAUGAGAAAUGUGCCUCUCAGAGGGAGUGGCCUUUCUGCUCAGAUGACGAAUGGGGUUUUAAAUGUCCGUCCGGCUGCAGGAUUCAGGGUCUGAUGGAUAAAUCUGACCACAACCUGCUGAAGAAGAUCGAGAAGAUCCGCAGCCUCCUGGAACAAAACAAGGCCAAACACCGUUCUGCAGACACGGCGUCCAAACAGACCUAUGACUACCUGAAGGACAAGCUUAUCAUCGACUCCGGUAACGAUAACAACUACUACAACCUGGCCCAGAGUCUGCGUCAGAGAAUCACAGACAUGAAGAUCAAGAUCGACAGACAGCUGAGUAUCCUGGCCGCCCUGAAAGACCGCGUCAAAGACCAGGUGGUGGAGAUGCAGCGGCUGGAGGUGGACAUUGAUAUUAAGCUCCGUUCCUGCAAAGGAUCCUGUGCAGGCUACUCUGAGUACCAGGUGGACAAGGAGAGCUACGAGGCUCUGGAAAAGCAGGUCAACCAGUUGGACAACCAGACACCUAAGGAGUCUGUUGGGACGCUGUACGUGAUGAAGAGCAAGCCACUGCAGGACGUCUUAGUGGACAGCAUCUACAAGUCCAAGGAUGUUGCCGGGCAGCAGAAAGAAAACCUGUUCCCUGAGGUGCAGGCAGUCCAGUUGAUCCUAUCGCAGGAAGGCUCCAGCACAUCCCCAGCAACCAUCUCAAAAGUCUCAGGUACUUCCCUCUCUCCAUCUACAUCCUCAUCAUCGGCCUCCUCAUCCACAUCAGCUAAAUCCACCACUGAGUUUGGAGUUGAUUUAUUUGGUGUAGGUGGCAGCUAUCCAAGCACAAGUCACACAUCCACAUCCAGCUCAACCAUCACAUGCACCAGGCGAACCAAGACCACUGUUGUCCACACAAAGGACGGCCCAGUGGAAAGGGUGGAGCAUGUGAUGGAGGGAGGGCCAGAGUGCCAGUCAAUGGCAGACCUGAGUGAUGGAGGGAUGGACUCCCUCUUUCCAGGUUUCAGCCAACCAUCAUCCUCCUCCUCCUCCUCCUCCUCCUCCUCGUCAACCAGCAACUUCCAGUCUGGUGGUGCCAAGGGCAGCAUCAUGGGAGAUUCCAAAGGAUCACAUGGGAAUACGUUUGACAUGGCGGGGUUUGAUUUGGGCGGGUUCAUGAUGGGCAAUGGAGAAGAUGACGUCCCUGAUUUUCAAGCUCGGAGUGUGAAGAACACCCGUGUCGAGCGCCAAGCUGAUUAUACAGGACAAGAUCCAGUGGUUGAUAAAAGACUCAACAACACAGAGUAUCAUUCUCCAAAGGAAGAAAUAAAGGUCAGCAGGAAGCAUAUGGAGACCAGGUUGCAUUGUGGGAUCCCCAAUGCGACCACGGUGGACGAUCUGGAAGCGGAGGAGCGAGGACGGAGCAGCCGAGUCAAGAGAGUGGUGGGUGGAGUCCCAGCAAACCCGACUCAGAUCCAGUGGCAGGUUGCUCUGGAGGAAAGAGGGAAGAUUGAUUGUGGGGGCGCUUAUAUCGGAGGAUGCUGGGUAAUCACCGCUGCUCACUGCGUCAGGCCCAACCCGUCUGCAUUCAAAGUGAAGUUUUCUCUCUGGAAGAAGUCUCGCGUUCAGGACACGACCGACAUCGUUCCCGUCGAGGAGAUUCACAUCCACCCAAUGUACAACGCCAGCACGUACCAGAACGACAUCGCUCUGGUGCAGCUGCAGAAGCUUCCCUUCAGUGAGGAGUGUCUGAUGGAUAACCCGGCCGUCAGCGCCGUCUGUGUUCCCUGGACAACACACCUGUUCCAGCCCAACCACACCUGCAGCAUCUCCGGGUGGGGACGGACCGCAGACGGCCGAGCAGCUCAGGUUUUACAGUGGGCCAACGUGUCCCUCAUCGAUGACUGUCAGGGAUUUUACAAAGAUCGCUUCAAACCGGGCAUGAUGUGUGCAGGUAAUCUGGAUGGUAGUGUGGACUCGUGUCAGGGGGACGGCGGGGGUCCUCUGGUCUGUGAGGAUGAACUCGGGGUGUCUUACCUCUGGGGCAUCGUGAGCUGGAGGGAGAGGUGUGGGCAGCCCGGUUUGCCCGGUGUUUAUACACAGGUGGCUCAUUACUUUGAAUGGAUCAGAUUUCACACUGGCCUGCAGUCACCAGGUUUAACUCCUGAUGAACACACUGAUCACAUCUCAAAUUAAUCAAAUUACACCUAGAAAACAUGUUUUCAGAAUAUUAAAUAUAGAAAAUCUGUCUAAUCCAUUCUUGCAGCUGAUGGUAAGUUUUUUUACCUGUUGUCACUUAAUAAAGGUUAACACGCCCACAAUGUGUCUGGAUGUGUGAUAAAUCAGGAGGGGGAAGCAGAAUACGACUUUUGAAAAUGUGAUUUAUUUUGACUUUGUUUUGAAUAAAAAAAGCAGACGACCAUUAAAAUGAGAGUGUUAUAAACAUUUUUCAAAAACAGGAAGACA